CACUCCUCUUCUCUUCACUCCUUCACUCACUCUCUUCGUCCUCCUCUUCUUCUUCUUCUCCCAAAAAAAAAACCACAAAAAAAACGUUUCUAAACUCCGAAACCCUAAAAAUGAGACUGCUCUUGCUCCUACUUCUUCUUCUCCAUUUCCAUCUCCAUAUCUCCACGUCACAAGCUCGUGUCAUGUCUGAAUAUCAAGCUCUUCUCUCUUUAAAAUCCGCCAUUGAUGACCCACAACAAGCUCUGGUUUCUUGGAGCUUAACCAACUCAAAAAACGUUUGUUCUUGGUCUGGUGUUACCUGUGACUCAACCAAUCGUCAUAUAACGUCCAUUGACCUUACAGGUUUGAAUCUCUCCGGUACUUUAUCGCCGGACAUAGCUCAUCUCCGUUACCUUCAAAACCUAACCCUACCGGAGAACCAACUCUCCGGUCCGAUACCAAUACAGCUCUCCGCAAUCUCUGGACUUCGUGUCCUAAAUCUUUCCAACAAUGUCUUUAAUGGGUCCUUUCCACCGGAGCUUUCUCAGCUGAAAAACCUUAAAAUUCUUGACUUGUACAACAACAAUAUGACCGGAGAUUUACCAUUGUCGGUCACCGACAUGAUUAAUCUCCGGCAUUUGCAUCUGGGUGGUAACUUUUUCUCCGGAGUAAUCCCAUCUGAGUAUGGUAAAUGGGAGUUUCUUGAAUAUUUAGCUCUCUCCGGUAACGAGUUAGCCGGACGCAUUCCGGCGGAGAUUGGUAACUUGACUAAGUUACAGCAGCUUUACAUUGGCUAUUACAAUACUUAUGAAGGUGGUUUGCCACCGGAGAUUGGUAAUUUGUCUGAGUUAGUUAGAUUUGAUGCUGCUAAUUGUAUGUUAUCCGGUGAAAUACCUAGAGAGAUUGGAAAAUUACAGAAGCUUGAUACUUUGUUUCUUCAAGUUAAUGGUCUGUCUGGGUCAUUAACUGAAGAACUUGGUACUUUGAACAGCUUGAAAUCUAUGGAUUUGUCUAAUAAUAUGCUUACUGGAGAGAUACCAAGUUCUUUUUCUCAGUUAAAGAACUUAACUUUGUUGAAUCUUUUCAGAAACAAGCUUCAUGGUGCUAUUCCUGAGUUUGUUGGAGAUUUACCACAGCUUGAGGUUUUACAGCUAUGGGAGAAUAAUUUUACUGGGAGUAUUCCACAAGGGUUAGGUAAGAAUGGUAAUCUUGUUCUUGUGGAUCUUUCUUCGAAUAAGUUAACUGGGAAUCUGCCUCCUGAUAUGUGUAAUGGUAAUCGUUUGCAAACUUUGAUUACUUUGAGUAAUUUCUUGUUUGGUCCUAUUCCUGAAUCUUUAGGUAAAUGUGAGUCUUUGAGUAGGAUUAGAAUGGGGGAGAAUUAUCUUAAUGGUUCGAUUCCGAAAGGGCUUUUAGGUUUACCUAAGUUGUCUCAGGUUGAGAUGCAGGAUAAUCUUUUAACUGGGGAGUUUCCUGUUACUCAUGAUAAGAUAGCUGUAAAUCUUGGUCAGAUUAGUUUAUCCAACAAUCAGCUUACUGGUUCGUUGCCUCCGAGCAUUGGGAAGUUUUCCGGUGUUCAAAAGUUGCUUCUCGAUGGAAACAAGUUUUCGGGUCCAAUCCCGCCUGAGAUUGGUAAAUUGCAGCAACUUUCUAAGAUGGAUUUCAGCCGUAACAGAUUUUCCGGCCCUGUUGCUCCGGAAAUUAGCCACUGUAAGCUGUUAACUUUUAUUGAUCUCAGUCAUAAUGAGCUUUCGGGUGCUAUUCCAACUGAGAUUACAGGUAUGAGGAUAUUGAACUAUCUAAAUUUGUCAAGAAAUCAUCUUGUUGGUAGCAUUCCCACAUCUAUAGCAUCUAUGCAGAGUUUAACUUCUGUUGAUUUUUCUUACAACAAUCUUACUGGUUUGGUUCCUGGUACUGGUCAGUUUAGUUAUUUUAAUUACACUUCAUUUUUGGGUAAUCCUGAUCUUUGUGGACCUUAUUUGGGUCCUUGCAAAAAUGGUGAGAUAGAUGGUACACACCAAGCACAUUCAAAGGGGCCACUUUCUGCUAAUUUAAAGCUCUUGCUUGUUAUCGGCUUGCUUAUUUGCUCGAUUGCAUUCGCAGUCGCAGCAAUUAUUAAAGCAAGAUCUUUAAAGAAGGCUAGUGACUCUCGUGCCUGGAAAUUGACUGCGUUCCAGCGAUUGGACUUCACAGUUGAUGACGUGUUGGAUUGUUUGAAAGAGGAUAAUAUCAUCGGAAAGGGAGGUGCAGGGAUUGUAUACAAGGGUGAUAUGCCAAAUGGUGAUCAUGUUGCUGUUAAGAGAUUACCGGCAAUGAGCCGCGGUUCAUCUCAUGAUCACGGUUUCAAUGCUGAGAUACAAACUUUAGGACGAAUUAGGCACCGACAUAUUGUUAGAUUAUUGGGAUUCUGUUCGAAUCACGAGACUAAUCUUCUUGUCUACGAAUAUAUGCCUAAUGGUAGCUUAGGUGAGGUUCUUCAUGGAAAAAAAGGAGGCCAUUUGCAUUGGGAUACAAGGUACAAAAUUGCUAUUGAGGCUGCUAAGGGCCUUUGCUACCUUCAUCAUGAUUGCUCACCCUUGAUUGUUCACCGUGACGUAAAAUCGAACAAUAUCCUUCUUGACUCCAAUUUUGAAGCUCAUGUUGCUGAUUUUGGCCUUGCUAAAUUCUUGCAAGACUCGGGCACCUCAGAAUGCAUGUCUGCAAUUGCUGGUUCUUAUGGAUAUAUUGCUCCUGAGUAUGCUUACACACUCAAGGUUGAUGAGAAGAGCGAUGUAUACAGCUUCGGUGUAGUUCUUUUGGAGCUCGUUGCAGGCAGGAAACCUGUGGGGGAAUUCGGUGAUGGCGUCGACAUAGUUCAAUGGGUUCGGAAAAUGACUGACUCGAACAAGGACGGAGUUCUCAAGAUCCUCGACCCGAGACUCCCAUCUGUUCCAAUCCAUGAGGUGAUGCAUGUGUUCUACGUCGCAAUGCUAUGCGUUGAAGAACAAGCGAUCGAGCGUCCGACAAUGCGAGAAGUUGUGCAGAUUUUGACCGAGUUCCCGAGACCACUGAACUCGAAGCAAGGAGAGUCAACAGUAACUGAAUCAUCACCACCACAAUCCGGUGCGUCUCUUGACUCUCCAAAUGCCACAACAAAAGACCCGAAAGAACAACAACCAUUAUCGCCGCCGCCUCGUUCACCACCGCCUGAUCUUCUCAGCAUUUGAACCGAAACAGCAUUUGAACCGUUUCGAUCGAAAGUUCCACGGAUUGUGUUAGUUUCCACUUGUGCAAUUUUUAGUGUUGAUUUAAUAUUUUGGGAAUGUUUGAUCUAACUUUUGGUAUUAAGAUUUGCAUAUUUUUCCUUUUUGUGUAUAGUAGAAGGGGAAAUUAAGGGUUGGAGAUAAAUUAAGGAAAGGAUUGGGGGUAUUUUUGUUAUGAACUUGUGGUAAUCAUGAACUAGUUCUAGUGCCUGAUUUUGCAGUUUGAUCCCUUACUCUCUA